AUGUCUUCGAUCAUAUUGGCAUUCCUGGCCACUCAGGUCUUGGGUGUGACCCUCCACCCACGACAAAGCUCCAGCAAUACUGCAGUAGUAGACCUCUCAAUCAAACGCGGCACUCCUCAACAUCUUGCCUCUGGCUUUAUCUAUGGUAUCCCAGACACAAGUGUCAACCAGAUUCCGGCCCACUUCUACCAAGACAUAGGCUUCAACUAUGCUCGAGUCGGUGGAGCGCAGCUCGAUCAAGGAGGUUGGAUCAUGGGAAAGACUGCCUAUGAAGCUCGCUUGAACAGUACUUACAACAACUAUCUCACAUCCCGAGAAUAUGGUGCCAAAGUCAUCAUCCUCCCUCACGACAUCUGGGGAACAGAUCAUGCCAAUAGCUCAACUCAUUGGCCAGGCGAUAACGGCGACUGGACCGACUACGACAAUUUCCUCAACACGUUGAUCAGCGACUUGAAGAGAUUAAACAUGCUGGACAGCUUGGUCUACGACAUCUGGAACGAGCCAGAUGGCAGCGGCUUCUGGGCUCGAAGCGAAGCGCAGUAUCUAGACAUGUACGUUCGAACACACAAGCGUCUUCGACAAGACGCCUCUCUCAACGGCGUCUUGAUCUCCGGUCCAUCUUCCGCGGGUCAGCCUUCUCUCAACAACAACUGGUGGACAACCUGGCUACAGCGUGUCGUACAGGACAAUGUCAUCCCAGAUCAAUACGCCUGGCACGACGAACCAGGUGACCCAGCAAACGAUGCAAACAAUUUCACACCUCUCCUACAAAAAUACAGCGCUCCAUCUCGACCCGUCAACAUCAACGAAUACGCCACCUUCGACCAACAAACCUCCGUCGGAGCAGCCUGGUGGAUCUCCCGUCUCGAACGCCUGAAUUACAUCGGUCUUCGCGGAAACUGGUUGAGUAAAUGCCAACUGCGGGAUUUCAUGGCCAGUCUCCUCGGCAAGUCUGAUACGAAUUCUUGCACGGGAACGGGAUACUACGGCAAUGGCGAGUUCCAAGUCUACAAGUAUUAUAAUCGUAAUAUGACUGGUAUUCGUGCUGGUACGACGGGAAGUGGCGAUGGGGUGAUGGAUGUGUAUGCUACGAUUGGAUCGGAUAAGGUGAGGACUUUGACGGGAUGUACCAAUACGGGAACGUAUUAUGUUACGAUCAAUAAGUUGAGCUCGGUGGGGUUGCCGACUUCUGGGACUUUGAAUAUUCAGACGUAUGGUCUGAUCGAUCAGGGACAUUUUGGGAGGGUGGAUGCGCCGACUGAUCGUGGAGUGUACGGUCAUACUUACUCAGGCGAUUCGGUCACUUUUCCGGUGUAUCAGACUACCCAAGGUCAAAAGACUGCGUGGGCUUUUGAGUUUAGUGUUGCGAAGUGA